GAAGGUUGCAGGGAGUCCUCUCUCACCCACACACACACAUACACACACACAAACUUCACCUGGCACUUGCACACACACACUCGUGCCGAGAGCUGAAGCUCAGCUCAGUCCCAGUCCUCUGCAACUUGAGUGAGGAGCCUGCCGGUGAUCGGACUGUCGCCUGAAGCGAAGAGGCCGAGCCGGCGUUGAUUCAAUUUUACAGCCCAGUCACUCUCUGCAAAGCUCCGAUUAGUCAGCCAAGGGAGACGAGGGGGAGAGAAGAAGAAGCACAAGAAGAAGAAGAGGAGUAGUGAUGGCUAUGACCGACAUUGCAGAGGAUGACCUGGAUGUGAUGAUGCGCGAAGAAGCGGAGGAUGUCUUCUACGAGGACGGCGUGUCGUCCCGCAUCCCAGAGAUCAUGGCGGCCGGCACCCACUCCCCCGGAGGUCCCAAUGGCAUAAUCCGGAGUCAGUCCUUCGCCGGCUUUAGCACGCUACAGGAGCGACGCUCUCGGUGUAACUCUUUCAUGGGGAACUCGGCGGUGCAGAAGAAGCCUCAGUCCAAGCCAAAGAAGCCUCACCUUUCAGGACACAAGGGAGGCAGCAGCUCCAGAGAGCCGCAGCCCAAAAGACUGGAAGAGGUUUACACUGCACUCAAACAAGGCCUGGAUGAGUAUCUUGAAGUUCAUCAGACAGAGCUGGACAAACUCACAUCUCUGAUGAAGGACAUGAAGAGGAACUCUCGCCUGGGAGUGCUGUACGAUCUUGACAAGCAAAUUAAAACCAUUGAGAGAUAUAUGAGACGUCUGGAGUUUCACAUGAGCAAGGUGGACGAGCUGUACGAGGCCUUCUGCAUCCAGAGCCGUCUGAGGGAAGGUGCCAGCCGGAUGAAGCAGGCCUUCUCCUCCUCUCCCUCCACUAAAGGCACCAAGGAGAGCAUCGCAGAAGUCAACCGCCGCUACAAGGAAUACACUGAGAACAUGAGCACGUUCGAGAGCGAACUGGAGAACCUGCUCGGGGAGUUUCAUAUCAAAAUGAAAGGUUUGGCAGGCUUUGCUAGGCUCUGUCCUGGAGACCAGUAUGAGAUCUUCAUGCGGUAUGGUCGCCAGCGGUGGAAGUUGAAAGGAAAGAUUGAAGUGAACUCCAGACAGAGUUGGGAUGGAGAUGAGAUGGUCUUCAUGCCUCUCAUCACUGACCUCAUCAACAUCAAGGUGACAGAGCUCAAGGGCCUGGCUACUCACAUGCUGGUGGGCAGUGUGAUCUGUGAGACCAAGGAGCUGUUUACUGCCAUGCCUCAGGUGGUGGCUGUGGAUGUUAACGACCUAGGAACCAUCAAACUCAACCUGGAGGUCACGUGGUACCCUUUCGAUGUCGAGGACCUGACUCUGUCAUCUGGCAACGUGAGCAAAGCCACAGCGCUCCAGAGACGAGUGUCGGUCUACAGCCAGGGCACGCCCGAGACCCCGACCUUCCAGGACACCUCCUUCUUUAAGUGGCGGCCAUAUCCCGUGGAGCGCCAGCGCCUCUCCUUCCUGCACAUGCUCCGGGACUCCCUGCUAGAGAAGCUAAGGCGCAGUCGCUCGUUUGGUGACCUGGCCUCACUCCGGCCAAGGCCCAAAUCCAGUCUGGAGGUCUAUUCCACUUUACCAGAUGACGUCUUUGAGAACGGUGGCUGCGGCGUCGCUGAGUGCAAGCGUCUCUCCUUCACCUUCUCCGACACCUCUGGCUCCACACCCAGCCCUGCCCCGAGCUCCCACUCCCCUGGCCUGUCCAACCCUGAGAUCACAGUCACUCCUCCAGAGACAGACCCAUCACCUACACAAAUCCUCCCAACAAGGGAGGACUCCAUCGCAGAGGAGCAUUUAGUGGAGGAAGAGGAGGAGGAGGCAUACGAAGAGGAUGGCGAGACUGGUAGUAGAGGAAGUAGGGGCACCAGUGCCAGCCUCGCCAGCGAUGAAGCCGAGGUUGCAGAGGACUCUGAGUGGGAGCGCACAGAGUCCCAGAGAAAUUCUGGCUCAAACUGUGGUUCGGUUGCCCGGUUCCUCUGUUCUGACAGCCACCUGUCUACGGUGGCUCCAGAGGAUGUUUUCUUAGACCAAAAUGAUGAACUAAAACCUGUGGAACUGGACACAGAGGAGGCGGGGAGCCUGACCCGGCAGCUUGUGAAGAGGCUGACUUCUUCAGAAAUUGUGCCGCAGAGUGGGGCCUCCUUGGAGGGAGGAGGAAACCUGAGUUGGGCGGGAGAGGGGAGCAGGGCAUUCCUAGAGAGCAGCCUGGAAGAGGCCAUCCACAGCCUGCUGAUGAGGCUGGAGUCCCUGACUCACCGCUGCCGAGAGCUGCAGGACCUGGAGCAGGAAGUGAUGCGUCUGGAGGACUUGCUCAAGUGUCGUCUCCCGGGUCACAGGAGCCGCUCAUCCAGCCUCAGUCUGACAGUGGAGAGUGCCCUGGAGAGUUUCGACUUCCUCAACACCUCUGACUUUGAUGACGAGGACACUGGGGACGAUAACGGCAUCCUCAGUAUCCCACAGAGGUCUCCGCUUUUUGAUACGGACGGAGAAAGGAUCGGGGGCCAGCAUCCAGAAGCCAGAGGACACCUGAGUGAAGCCCUGACGGAGGACACCGGGGUGGGCAACAGCGUGGCGGGAAGCCCUCUGCCGCUUACCACUGGAAACGAAAACCUGGACGUGGCUAUCGUCAUCCACCUGCAGUACUGUAAUCACCUCAUACAGUUGUUAACCAGUGUGGUGGGUGUGUGGCAGCGUCGCAGUCUUCUCCUCAAACUGUCCGGACAGACUCAGCUGUUAGAGGAGCUAGCAGAGAUCAGUGCGGAUAGAAUGGGAGCGAUUACAUCUGCUGCUGAUGUUCUCCCAGACCUCGCAAAGCGCCCACAUCUGAUGACUCUCUGGUCAGAGUGCAGCGGCUCUGCAGGACUUUUCCACACCACACUCGACAGAGUGUUCAAACACAUGAACCAGUGCUACGCAGCGGUGCUGCAGGAGAAACACCCACACGGCGCUGACACAGUGAUUGGUGUCGUAGUGGGUGAGAUGGUGGACAGGAGCGAGCUGGUGGCGGCACACAGUCCUCCUGCCGCUGCACUCUCCCAGGACGUUCUGACUGUGUUUCAGUUCCACAGCUACAUCUUACAACAUGAAGUACAGGACAUGGAGACACACCUGCUGCAUCUGGCCAGAGAGGAGGUGUUUGCAGAGGCUCUCCACACUGGAGAUUAUUCUCGCUGUCUAGCAGAGAUGGAGGAGGUGCCUGUGUCAACCCUGUGGCCUAGAAACAGCACCCUGAGGGCCCUCGCCUCCCUGCUCACAGCAGAGGACCCUCAGGUCAACAAGGCAACAGCCGACUACCUCUCUUCUGGAGCAUCGCACAGCCACUUCAGGGCCAGAGCAGUGGAGUGCUACACCCAGGCGUUGUCAGAGGCUGGAGGUCAGAGCCAGAGGGUGGCAUGUUCAGCUCUCAGCUGUCUGCAGGCAGUAGAGAGCAUCAGGGCGGUGGUAGCACUGUGUGAUUCAGCUGAUGAAGAGCUUCGCCAUGUUGCCAUAGAAACCCUGCUCACAUUUGGUGAGGAGGGGCGGCUGGCGUACGAGCAGCUGGACACGGUGCCGGGGGAAAUCAUCCGUCUGGGCACAAGACGAGGAAACGCCGUCACCACUGCCUUCUGAGCCACCGUGCCACUGGAAAAACAUCACAAAUGACAUCUCAGCCCAACCUCCGGGGGCAGCACUGCCCCUCAGCUUAACCCCACACUGCACAACUCACAGGGCUGUUAAUGACUCAUCACGUUAUAGAUCUGCUUUUUUGGCACAAACUUUAAGGACCUCCACCCCGCCACAAUAGAUCACCAUUCUCACUGAUACUGCCUCCUAAAAGGAACUAACACCAAACAAAGUUUUCUUAACCACAAAGACACACAACCUGUACCCCUCCUACGCGCGCACACACACACAUACACCUCUUCUUCCUCCAUCGUCUCCACUUUCAGACACCCCCACCCCUUCCUGUCCCUGCUUUCUGAGCCAGGCACACCAUUCACAUUUUAAUUUCAACUGGAGUAUUUGAAUGAACACAAAGCUGAUGAAAGCUGCUCCAAAGACUGUGGAAACUAGAAUUGAGCAGUACAUCUUCACAUAACCUCUUUAACCAAGCUAUCCACCACUGCACACAACAUUUGUAUCACUUACUCGCUGAUUAAUUUUAAUUAAUCUUGAUUGUUACAAAGUCGGUUGUGUCAUGCAAUAUGCUAACUGUGAUCUUUGCAUAAUCACUAUUUAUCACAUGUUUUAGUUGGUGGUUUUGCAUAAGAAAUGUUUUCUGGCGCUUUCGGAAGAUUUGCACUGUUGUAAGGCAUGUAAAUAUGGCAUAUUUUACACAGCCGGUGUAAUAUAUGUGCUUGUAUUUAAAAUAUAUUUUAAGUUCUUUUUUUCUAGUACGUUCCAUUUUGAGUUUCAGGGAUUCCUGUAUGGGUGAAAGAGGUGUGUUUUGUGGAAGGGAGGACCAUUAAUAAGUUGAGAAUGGCCUCUGAGAGGAAGUGAUGUUGUGGUUUUUAAAGCCCACGUGUAACAGCAGUUUACAGUCUUGAACAGAUGUUGACCUCAGCUGUGUAUCAGUGGAGGAAUAGGAAAAAUACUGAAGGUUAGAGGUGAAAUAGGUCAGCACAGUGCCCAAGGUUCACUCGCUCAGCAGUUCAUAUCAGAGUUUUCUCAUACAUGCAGUUGAACAAGUGCAAUUUUUCUGUACAUACGUGACUCUUUUGCACCUAGCUAACACGAGAAGACAUAUGAUAACGUCAGCUUUGACCAUUUGAGCCUUGAUACGGUCGAGCAGACGGGUUCCACAAAUACACUCUUUUGUAAAUGUAUUUUUCCUACUAGGUAAGGAGCCAGUCGAGGGCAAUAAAUUUGGUUCAGGAUUGUGAUCGUGCACUUUCUCUAACUGUACAGAGAGGAGGAUCCUUUGGGCUGAGUAAAGGUGUAGCCUCCAUUUUGGCUAACUGCACAUUCAAACACCGUAUGUGAGCUAAUGGCAGGAUUAGAAACUAAGCUUUUCUUAUGAAGUGUUCUGUUUGGCAUGUCUUGGGUCUGUUUUAUUUCCCUGCAUCUUAACUGUAACGUGGGAACACUGACCUGAGCUAAGCGCCUAAUUCCACCUUUUCUCAUUGUAACUGUACUACUGAGUCUUGUGCUAGUGCACUGUGACAAAACUCACAUUUGUUCACACACCUAAUUUAUUAUUUACUUACCUUGUGAUUUUAAUAUUCUUUCUUGAUACAGUAAACAUGCAGAUGGCAAUUUUAUGUGAAUGGAUUGUAUAUUUAUGUUCUGGAUCAGGUCAAGUAUUUGAAAUAUCGUUUAAAAAGGCCUCCAUGUUAUUACCAUGCAAAUGAUCUCAUGCUUAACUUUAAUUGGAGUUUAUUUUGAAUGAAUUAUAUUAGAUAAAUUAUUAUUUUGGACAAGAUUAAGAUUUCCGUAUGGUCCAAUAGUAUUAUAGAUUUCUUUACCCUAUGAGGAUAUUAUAUAUUAGAAAUGUUACUUUAUUACUUAAAGAUUUACAGUAACCAAAGGAGGAAUUAAUUUUACAAUGGCCUUUUAAUCAUAGCUCAUAAUUCAUUAAGGAGAAUGUAUUCAACACAUUUGCAUUUUGGCCAGAAUACUCAGACUUAUCUUUAGAAGCACAACUCAAAAAUGAAACAAACCCAUAAUAUAUGAAUCUUAUUUGGUUCUGACUGCAUAGUCCAAAAGCCAUAUUGAAAAAACAAGUGGUAAUAUUUUUAUGAAAUGUAUUUUUCUUUUGUAUUAUACUGUAAAUGUGUGAGCUGAAGAUGGUGUUUUUUUUCCUCUUUGACCUUUUUGUAAAACAAGGUCAAUAUUUUAAGUAACAGUUACUUUUAUUUCUUCCACGAUGUGAAUAGCAUACAUACAGUAUUUUGGUAAAGUAUCAAAUUCAUCCACUCAGUGUUUUAUUUUAUUUUGAGUGAGCUACUUUCCUUUUACAAACUUGCAGUUGACCAGUGUUGAUUCGUCAGCUUCUUAAUUCCUAAUUACCACAGAGUACAAGUUGUCAAAAUGUACACAUCUUUAAUUAUUUAGAGAUUGGGUUUAAGAAUAACUUGGUACACUUUGCUGGAAUUGGUCUUUAUCCAUCUCUGUGGUCAAUAGCUUUCGUGCUGAUCCAUUUAGUUGCAUACUACUCUUUAUUGUGGUUAGCAGUAUUUCCUCUGCUCAUCAAAAGUUGCAAUAAAGUUUAUUUUUGCAUAAUUAAAACUA